GCGAGGGAAAGGCGGGCGGGCAGAGCGGGUCUGGGCGCCGCAGCCCGGCAGGGAUGCGGUAUGGCCGUGGGCUCCGUGAAGAUGCCGUCGCCAUGUGAGGGCGCGGAACCGGUCCGCAGCUGGAGCCCCGGCGGCGGAGCCCACGAGCCGGUGCAGCUGCGGCAGAAGCUGCGGGAGCUGCCGGCGCUGCUGCGGAGCGGGCUGACGCUGCGGAGGAAGAGCGCCGCUGCCGCCGGCCGGACCCUGUCCAGAAGAAUUUCAAAUCCCUAUUUGGAAACUCCUUCCAACAAGAUUUAUGGAGAAAGUUCAUCCUGUGCUGGGAGAGCUCUCAGAAAUAUUUUUACUAUGCAAGCUUCUGACCUGAUUAAAGACAGGGUGUACCUUACUGGCAUUUGCAGGAGAAGCUGUGUUGGAUCAGAGCUGGUAGACUGGCUCUUGGAGCAGUGCCCUUUUGUGAAGUGCAGGUCUACAGCAGCUGGAGUGUGGCAGCUCCUCCUGGAUAUGGGCAUUAUAUUAUCAGUGGACAGACAACUCUAUUUCCAAGACACUCAUGCUUUCUACCAGUUCUCAGCAGAUGAAUGUACCUACCUUUUCUGUGAAUUUGAGAAAGAGGAAGGAUGGAAGAAUGGAGUAAAGCUCCUACUUCAGCUGUUGCCAUUGUCUCCUCCCAGGAUUGACAUGUGUAAUCUGCCUGAUCAAAAAAUAGAAGACACAGCAGAGACCAAUGCUGAAAUUCUUGCUCGUCUCACUUCUGCGGUACAGAGAGAACUGGCUGCUGUCAUUGCCUUGAAAGCGAGGAAGUCAGCAAUUCAUCAAAAUGAAGAAAACAACAGUCAAGAAAUGAAAGGACUAGAAGAGCUCAAGGAUACCUCUGAUGCUCAGGCAGGGGUUUUGUGCAAGCUUCAGGGGAGAGAUGACAUCGGACGGAUUGAGCUGGUCCAGAAGCUGGCGAGAGAAAACUGCCAGUUUUUGCAGGCAGAUAGGAAGCCAACGGAGAAGACAGAACAAGCCAGCGAUGGAGGCGGCGGCGAGCGGGCACGGGAGGAGGCCGGCGCAGCACUGGUGCUGCGGAAGGUGUGGUCACGCAGCCCGGCCCCCGAGCGGCGCGGGAGAUAUGUGGUGGUGUCGGGGACGCCGGAGAAGAUUUUGGAGCAUCUCCUCAGCGACCUGCACCUGGAAGCCGCACAGGACAAAGAGACGGAAACGCUCCUGGACGACUUCCUUCUCACGUACACAGUCUUCAUGACAACUGAUGACUUGUGCCAGGCACUUCUGAGGCACUAUUGUGCUAAGAACCACCAAGGGAAAGAAGACGACUCAGAUGUGUCCUGUAGGAAACGAAAAGUCUUGCAUUUGGUGUCUCAGUGGACUUCUCUCUACAAAGACUGGUUGCAUGAAGAUGAGCAUUUAAAACAGUUUUUAAAGACAAUAUACAGGAAUGUGUUAGAUGAUGUGUAUGAAUAUCCCAUUCUUGAGAAGGACCUGAAGGAGUUCCAGAAGAUACUUGGCAUGCAUCGUCGUCACACUGUAGAUGAGUAUUCACCUCACCGAAAGAAUAAAACCUUUUUCCACCAAUUCAGUCUAAAGGAGAACUGGCUGCAGCACAAAGGAACCAUGAAUGAAACAGAAGAAAUUUUCUGCCGUGUGUAUAUAACAGAGCACUCCUACGUCAGUGUGAAAGCUCAAGUAUCCACUUCAGCUCAGGAGAUACUGAAGAUUGUAGCAGAAAAGAUCCAGUACCCAGAGGAGGAAUUGGCACUAGUGACAGUCACGUUCUCUGGUGAAAAGCAUGAACUGCAACCAAAUGACUUGGCUAUCUCAAAGUCUUUUGAGUCCUCCAGUCGUAUGUUUGUCUACCACAAAGAUCUGACUGAUUCUUUGAGCCCAUUUGCUGAAAAUGAGGAAUUGCAGCAAAGGUCUGUGAGAAUUUUGGGUAUCAACACCUGGGAUCUCGCCUUAGAAUUAACAAACUUUGACUGGAGCCUCUUCAAUGCAAUUCAUGAGCAAGAGCUGAUAUACUUCACAUUCAGCAGACAGGGCAGCGCUGAAAACACCGAGAAUCUCAGCCUUCUGCUUCAAAGAUGCAACGAGGUCCAGCUUUGGGUCGCCACCGAGAUCCUCCUCUGCAGCCAGCUCUGCAAACGUGUACAGCUAGUCAAGAAGUUCAUUAAGAUUGCUGCCCACUGUAAAGCCCAAAGAAAUCUGAAUUCGUUCUUCGCCAUUGUCAUGGGCCUCAACACUGCGUCUGUCAGCCGGCUCUCUCAGACCUGGGAGAAAAUUCCUGGGAAGUUCAAGAAACUUUUCACUGAACUCGAAAGUUUGACAGACCCUUCCCUGAAUCACAAAGCUUACAGAGAUGCAUUCAAGAAAAUGAAAUCCCCGAAGAUCCCCUUCAUGCCCUUACUUCUGAAAGAUGUAACAUUCAUUCAUGAAGGAAAUAAAACUUUUCUGGAUAACCUUGUUAAUUUUGAAAAGCUGCACAUGAUUGCAGAUACUGUUCGGUCAUUGAGACACUGCAGAAAUAACCAGUUUGGCAAUGAAGUUCCUUCAAAAGAACAUCAUGAGCUGAAGCCAUACGUCCAUCACCUGCAUGUCAUCGACAACCAGCAAGCUCUGUUUGAGCUUUCUCACAGGAUAGAGCCGCGAGCGUGAGCGUGCACAGCUUUACAUAACCUUGUAACUGCAGCACUUUGAAUUAAGUGAAUGUUUAUGCCAAGCAUGUUGCUUCCCUAUAUAAGAACAGUUUACUGAGUUUUAUCAGUAGCUCACACAAUGUGCACAGGAAAAUCGGGCAAGAGCCGGCAGAGGAGCUGCUUGCAGAGUUGCAGGGCAAGCGUGGUGCCAUCCCCGCUGGUCAGCAGGAUGGGAGGGAGCGGAGCCACAGCCGUUGAGCUCAGGAGCUUGGUUUCUGUGAAAGUAUUGUUUGGUCCAGUGUAGUUUUCAAUGCUGAUUCUGCCAGUAUUAGAAUGAAGGGAAUUGUCAUGUCACAACAGCAAAACAUUUCAGCAAGCAGCAUGCCGCAAAGGGAUUGACUCUCUGCUUGCCACAGCACGUACCUCACUAAUUCAAGGCUGCCAAAGCGUCGUUGCCAAAAAUACUUUGCGAUCUGCGCAGCUCCCCUGAGUCCACUGGAGGAUCUUAUUUGCUGUGAGUGUGAACAACUGAAAAUGGGAGUAUAAAAAGACAGCUCUCCAAAUGAAACUCAAGAGUGCAUCGUGAUGUGGAGGUCAGCAGUAAGCGGUUCAUGCUGUUGUGGCCCCUUAAUCUGCUUUCUAAAACAUGCUGUAAGAGCCAAUCCACUUACGGACACAACUGUUUGGACACUGAAAAUGUGUUAUUUUCUUCCUUUUCAGUUAUCCCAGUGCCACCUCUUGCAGUUAACCUGGUGUAAAUUACUACAGCAGGAGCUUUGUGUUCUUGGAUUCCCGCCUCCUUGGUGUCUAUUUAGAGGCAAUGCCUAGAUCCACCUCCAUUCCUAACCCACCUCCUGGAAGUACUCUUUCAGCAGGUAAAAAUCUCACCUAACUUGCACACACUCCUAGUUGCUAAAGAGCAAAAGGGUGCACCUUACAGGGCACCAGUGUAAUUACCUGCAUACCCACCAGGCUGUGAGCAUCACAGUCCCUUUACUGCUUCUGUCUCACACCUCUGCCUAGCAAAUUUUCAUGCAGCCAAAAGUACUACUCCUGAGCAUCUACGGAGGCAGCAUUUCUAAAGUCAUGUCUACAGCCGACCUGCAUCUAAGCAUCGCUGUCACCAUAGCUUUGGUUUUCAGUGCUGGGAAGUUGUCCUGAAAUAAUCUGGUGAAUGCCAGAGGCAGUGUACAGCGUGCUGCUCUGUCUGGCACAUGUUUGUACAUCGACUCAAGGGUAACAGUCCCUUUACAGAGCAGGGAAGAUACGUUGCUUUGCUUGCCCGUCUUCAUUGUAUGUUUUUUCCCUGUGAGAGAGACUUCCAAGGAAACGCUCCUUUACUGAACUGUGGAAAUCCUGAAGUAGCAUGCUUCAUCAUUGUGUUAUCUCUGGUUUAAAUGGAUUUUAAAAAAGAAAAAGGAA